CCUUCAUCAGAAUAAAAAGAUGUGUUUUCCAAGCGCCUCGGACCAAACAAAUCAGCCUGAUACACUUUGAAGAGAUUUACUUGCUUUCUGAUUCUGUGGGAGCAGGUCACAAGAGGCAAAACAUGCGGGACAUGCUGGAGAGGCUGCAGACCAUUAGUGAGGAGCAAGAGGACUACGAGCCAGAGUUGUAUGGACCCGAGUAUGACGCAGACAAGGUGACUUUGUCUCAACAGGCGGUGGUGUUUGAGAACUCCUCCACUAUUGACAACAUCCUGAGGGAGGCCCACUCCAUACGCAAGGAGAUCUCCUUGCUCCACCUAGAGGUGGAGCGUCUGGCGAUAAAUAACGAACGCUUUGGCACCUCUAUGCGCCGUCUCACCCUCCUCAAAAAGGACUCUGACUCGAUUGCCAGGGGCAUCCAGCAACAUGGGGGGGCUCUGUACGUCCGCCUGCAGGCCCUGGGUAGGGAGAGCAGGCAGCUCGAGGAAAAAGAAGGUCUCAACUCUGCUGUUAGUCGCAUUGCCCGAACUCAGCAUGACACGCUGUCCCGUUCCUUCCAAGCUGCCAUGAGUGACUACAAUGAGGCAGAGGAGCUGCAGAGGGAUGCGUGCCGGCAGAGGAUCCAGAGGCAGGCCUCCAUACUGGGGAAUGAAAUCACAGAUGACCAGCUGGAUGUGAUGGUUGACAAAGGUGGUGAGGGAUGGGCAGAGCUGUCCCAGAGCCUGCAGACCGAAGGUGCUCGCUCGUCCCGCUGGGCAAUGUGCGAGAUCAAAGGCAGACACAAGGAGCUGGUGGAGCUGGAGGUCCGGCUGAAGGAGGUCCAUGAACUAUUCCUGGACAUGGCCGUGCUGGUGGAGGAGCAGGGAUUCAUGCUUAAUAAUAUCGAGGCUAAUGUGUGUGGCACAGAGGAAUACACAGAGAAAAUUAAUGUUUACAUCAACAGGGCCCUGAAGUACAAAAAGAAGAAUCCUUUUCAACAAUGUUGUGCCUGUCUACCCUGUUGGAAACAAGACUGAA